UCGGUGCCCGGGGUGCCCCGGGGUCGGGUGUGCGCGGUGCUGCCCGCGGGCGGGUUUGGGGAGCGGCUGGGGCUGUGCCCCCCGAAGCAGUUCUGGCCGCUCCUCCAACGGCCGCUCAUCAGCUACACCCUGCACGCCCUGCACAGAGUAAGCUGGAUAAAAGAUAUCAUCGUGGCGGUGACGAGCGAAAACAUCGAAGCCAUGAAGUCCAUCGUUGAGAAAUAUCGGCACAAGAGAGUCACUGUAGUUGAAGCCGGAGUGACGCGGCAUCGCUCGAUUUUCAACGGACUGAAAGCUCUUUCGGGCAUUGACCCGAGCUCGCCAAUCCAGAAACCAGAAGUGGUGAUUAUCCACGAUGCCGUGAGGCCAUUCGUUCCCGAAGACGUCCUCCUUAGAGUUGUUACUGCGGCAAAGGAACAAGGGGCGGCAGGAGCAAUCCGACCUCUUGUCUCUACUGUCAUUACUCCCUCUGCAGAUGGUUGUUUAGGUCACUCACUAGAAAGGAGCCAACACCGAGCCAGUGAAAUGCCUCAGGCUUUUUUAUUUGAUGUCAUCUAUCAAGCGUAUCAUCAGUGUAGCGACUACGACCUGGAUUAUGGAACUGAAUGUCUUCACUUGGCCCUAAAAUACUGCAACGUAAAUGCCAAGCUGGUUGAAGGAUCACCUGAUCUCUGGAAGGUGACCUUCAAACGCGAUCUGUAUGCAGCAGAAUCGAUUAUUAAGGAAAGGCUUGCACAACAAAUUUGCAUUGUCUUGGAUACAAAAGGAGAUGCAGAACCAGUGGGUUGUCUUCUUCAGGAAAUGCUGAAAAGUCAAAUGAAAGUUAUCGAGCCUCUGGUGACUCUCUGUCAAGAUGACCACCAUCUUCAGGACAUCUUUGUAGGACAGUGCUACAAUUUCAUUUGCAUAAAUGAUACAAGCUCAGACUUCUUAGAAACCCAGAAGUUUGUCAAAAUGUUGGAAAACACAGAUCUUUCUAUUUUGUAUCCUGUGGUUAUCAUUUCGGUUCAUUUGCAUGAUUCGGAAAGUCUUUCGAUGAGCCGUGCAGUCGAAGAUCUAGUGGGAAUCAGAAAUUUUGCAGAGGAAGUGAAAACUAGAAAUAUUUUCAUAUAUGGCCUUUUGGUCUAUUACUCACAGGGUCAGCUGCAGGAGACAGUGAAACGAGGGGCCGCCAUCAUUGCUGGAUUAAUACAGGACCGAAAUUCCCGGCUGAUCGGACAGCUGUUAGUAGCAUGAUUCCUGCAAGAGAAUUAAAGGAUGUGGAUGUGGGAGGGUGUCUGCUUUUGAGCUAAGCUUGUACUGAUUUUUUUUGUUGGUUUGUUUCUUCCUGAAUAGCCUGCACAGCUAAAAAUCUUUCCUUGAGCUUCUUUUUACUCUAUGGGUUCAGGGUUCGUAGACUGCAGAGGCUAAUCCCUGCUCAUUUCCAUAAAUUUCCAUAAAGAUGGGAAUCAUUUAAAUAAAAAAAAAUGGACCUACACUACUACUGAUCAAUAGUGUGCGUAUAUGGGGGACUUUGACACCCCAAAGGCACAAAAAAUAUCUGUUCACUCAAAUAAAUCAAAAGAUACCAAGCCCCACAGAUAGCUUCUUUGUUUACAAGCUUCUGCUGUCCAUUCUCUAAUCGGUCAGAGAAGCUUAAUCACAUUGGGGAAUUGGUAUAAAGUUCAAAGUUGGACUUUUUCACUUCAGUUCAGGUUCUUGUAAUUAGCAAAUUGGAUUUGUGCCUUUUUCUUCCCCAAAAUGAAGUAAUGCUUUGCACUGAGGGGUUUUUUUUUUUGUGCCUUAAAGGAAGGAUGAGAGAGAAAAGGAAAUGACACUUUUUAAAUUUGAACUUCUAUAGCAUUGCAGGGAGUAAAUAUGGUGUGAGGUGUCUUUUGCCCCCCGAAGGGUGAUGUAGCCCAUUUUUAUAUUCUUCUGUUGCUGGUUUCUUUUCAAAUUUUCAGCUUUUUCUCCAGAUUUGAAAGGUCACAUUAUCUUCUGAAAUUAUUAAUGUUUCUCUGGGGUUUACUGAAUUCCCUUAAUAGGAGGAAGCUUUACCUUGACAUUGUUUUUCCAAAAGCAUUCAUAAAAGCAAGGUUUACAUUAAAAAUCUCAAAACCCAAA